GAUAAGGAUGGUAAAACUGUCACAGCUACUGGAAAUUUUACUCAUAUUGAUAAUGGAGAACCUGAACCAAUGUUAUGUUUAGGUAUGACAUGGAUUAGGAAAGUUCAAGGUGUCCUCGAUCCAAAUAAAAAUCAAUUCCGAAUGAAGUUACAUGGGAAAGCUUACAUUAUCCCAACUUUUAGCAAAGCUCCAGAAGUUGAAGAUCCGCCAAAAGAAAAUCAAAAAUCAGCUAAUUCUUCUAAUCCGACUAGUAAGGAAGACUUAAAAAAAAGUGUGAAGAGCUUGAAAAGCGCCUCAUAA